ACCUCAGUCUGCUGCCUCCACUAAUCCCUGCCUGACAGCCCUAUAUAGAACCCCCCCCGCCCUUGCUCUCUGUGGCUGCACACUCACACCCCGUGGCACUGAGCAGGAGAGCAGGAUGGCACUGCGGUUCGAGGCUCUGUACCCAGAGGGGAUGUGUCCUGGCUGGAGCGUCGUGGUCAAGGGUGAAACCAGCUCCAGCACCAGCAUGUUUGAAAUUAAUUUCCUCAGUCAUCCCGGAGAUCAGAUCGCUUUCCACUUUAACCCCCGCUUCGCCAGCUCCAGAAUUGUCUGCAACUCCUUCCUUGCCAACCACUGGGGGAAGGAGGAGGUGAACAAAACCUUCCCCUUCGAAGCCAAGGAACCGUUCCAGGUUGAAAUCUAUUCUGACCACGACUAUUUCCACAUUUUCAUUGAUGAAAACAAAAUCCUGCAGUACAAACAUCGGCAAAAACAGCUUUCAUCCAUCACCAAGCUGCAGAUUCUCAAUGAUAUUGACAUUUCUUCGGUGGAAAUCAUCAAAAGAGGCCUUUACUAGCAAAGGGAGUUGGGAUAGUCCCACCAGCAACCCCCCCCUUAAGUUCCUGGUCCAGCUGGGAGCCACAUCUUCCACAUCCCCACCCACCCCAUGCCACCACCAGCCAGAGAGCUGCAGCAUAUCUCCAUGCAGUAGAAAUGAUGGUUACAGCCGUUGCAUGCCACAGCACUAUAGCAGCACCCAGCCAUGCUGUUAGCUGUAGCCCAGAUCAUUGAAGCCCUGCCCCUGUGCCCUAAAGUGCACAAUACUCUUAUCUUCGCUGUUAGAGAGACUGACAGAUCAUUGCUGCACAUUGAAAUCUGCCUUGAAUAGCCUGGAUAUUUUAAUACUGCCCUAGAAAUUGCAUUUGCCCAAGAGUAGGAGGCAAAUUAGAGCUAUUCCUCAGCUAGCCCCAUGGCAAGGGAUGCAAUGAGUAUGGAUGUUAUCAAUGCAAAGGGGCAGCUUCGCUGCAGGAGCAGGGUUGAAAUAUCACUGUAUUUGCCAAUAAAAUCCAACAAGGAAAUCCCUGCUGAAACAUCCCUUACUGGGCAGAUCAAUUGAGUUAUUUAUUCCCUGCAAACCUAUAGGCGUGCAGUAUGAACAACAGUGAGUGCCUGGGGCAGGAGAACACAGGUUGGGGGUUGGUUUACUCUGCGCUGGGAAAACACUGCCCUUUUGCUCUGAGGGCUAAUGAAGUCCUAACUACGUAGGCCAAAGUGAUAAGAUGCAACUUGCAAUAUAUUUCCAGAAGAUACGUUCCAUAGGGAUGUUUGCUCAGCCUGUGUCCUGCCAACCCCAGCCUUGUGAGACAGAUCCUGGGAGUGGUGUAUUGGGUCAGAAAAGGGUAAAGCUCAUCAGGACACUAGAAGGAACAUGGGCCUCUCAGCACGCAACAGAGAUGCAGCUGGACUCCAAAAACAAAAGAACAUCUUCAGAAGCCAGUAUCCAGAAACCUGUGAGCUCACAAUGAACAAACUGCAACUUUUCCUGUAGAUGUUCUGAUUUUCCCCCUUGCCCUGCCUACUUUCAUUUUCUCCUCUUUGCCUUUCAAUACAGUCCACUUCUGCUUUACACCCUGUUCUUUUUACUGUUCCCUCUUCCUAGAAGAGGGAAUUACUCUGUUUUCUUGACCGAGCCACUGCGUGCAAAGAUGAUGUUAUUUUUACUGUUUUAAUUGCACUCACUGAAAGCAUAAUGUCACAGUGUUAAAUCUGAACAGGAACUCACUCCAAAAAUGCAAUUACAGCUGCCCCCAAAUCUCUCCUUUGUUUCUCAGAAGACAGACCACAUUCCUGAUGGCAAGCAAUAACACAGACAGUCUAGCCUUGCCAGUCCCUUACUUCAGGACAGUGACACUUGGUAACAAAGCAGCCCUGACCCAUCCUUGUCUUUGAAUGGGAUCACCAAAGGCCAUAGAUGCACUCCAGUGCUUAAAUUGGCCCUUCCCAACUUUUUCCUCUAUUUAUAGUCUCAAGGACUUACAAAGAAGAGGUGACCACAUAGCCAACCACAACACAGGAUGCCACAAAGCUGACAUUUAUGAGGCUGCUGAAGAGUUCACAAUUUUCUUCCAGACCAUAAAAAAACACCAACUGGAACUGAGCCUGUUCUCACGGUGCAAUGGGAACUCAAAAUAGUCCCAACCAGUACGUCUCCCCCCCAAAGAGAGCAGAAAUUACCAUCUGGGAAUGACAACUGUCUUGGUGGCAAUUUGGGAGAGCUUGGAGAUGGUGAGACUUCCUUUGGAAUAAAUCCAUCACCACUGAGACAAAAUGGUUGCCAGGAUCUGCUUUAAAUUGUAGUUAUGAUGCUGCUCAAGGGCUCUACACACUUCACUCCUACAGCCAUCCCUUCAGUAAGACAGACACAAAUGCAGGUAAAAAUAGUCCUGUUGGGAUCUCUGUGUCAUACUUCUGAUAAUGCUGAACUGCAGUUGAAGGAAAUUGUUCUUUUUAUUCAUGCCUGUUUGGGGGUUGAUAGACAGAUCAUUUUUCACAGAGGAAAAGUGAUGAAACAAUUUAUGAGGCUAAUACUUUGUACCUACAUAGCUGCAAAAUCCAUUUACAGCCACCGCUGCAGUAAUACACCACAAUUUCAUUUCUCUCCCUAGAAGCAGCACAAAGGACCUGGGACAAACAGAGCAAAAAUAUUUCAAGUACAAACAAAUCAAGAGAUGCCAAACCAAAUCAGGCAGCAGUGGGGAUUGUGCCAUAUCUGCAAGCACCUUCCCAAUAGCUGGUGCCGGCAGCAGCUCUCACUGUGUUACCAUCCACACUGAGCAAGACCAAUCUCUCUCCUGACACAUCCACAGCACUACUGCAGGGCUUUUAUCUGCUGCCUCCUCCAGUCAAAACAGUCCCAAGGGCAAAGGGGUUUUUGGAGCAAUGUCGUUCUAGGGAGAUACAGAGCAUCUCUGCAAGGAAAGCUGCAGGGCUGGCUGGUUGGGGGAAAUGUUCUCCAGUUCCUUCACCCUCAUCUGCCCCUUAAGGAAAAACUCCAGGGAAAAAAAAAA